AUGAAACGACUUCGCCUGCAAGGGGUGCCAGUUCAACGAUGGCAGAGCAAGCUGGAAGAAGCAUCGAAGAGUUUGCCGGGAUCCACAUACCUCCGCGAAACUGGAGAGAGGUUUUUGCUUCAUGGGUGCAGCCCAGAAGUUGUGCUUGGCAUUCUCCACAGCGGCUUCGAUGACAAAGUCACCAAGAAGGGAAUGUUCGGUGCAGGUUGCUACUUUGCCGAGGACCCCGAGAAAGCCGACCAGUAUGCUCGUCCUGAUCCACAUCAUAAGGCAUCAGGGCUUGAAGAACUUCACGCCCGUUAG